AUGUCAAAAACUAUACGAGUUCAAUCACCGGAAGGUACAAAAAGAAUUGACAUUACUUCUCAAGAUACAUAUAAAACAUUACAUGAAAAAGUUGUUCAUGCAUUUUCAUUAUCGGAUAAUUUUAUUCUAUAUAAAGAACCGAAUAAAAAAUCACCUUUAGAUCGAUCACAAACAAAAUUAGAUCUUCGACAUGGUGAUAUGAUUUAUCUUACUGUUGAACAAGAAAAGAAUUCUCCAUUAAUGAUUAAGUCUGAUAGAACAACAAAUAAUUCAAAUUUACAAUACAAUUUUAUUUCGAAAUUAAUCGAUACAAAAGAAGAUGAUGUUGAUAUACAAUUAGAUAAAAUUCAUGGAAGAAUUACUCGUGAAAAAGAUCCACAAUUAUGUCAUCAUAAUAAACAUGGAAAAUGUUUACAUUGUAUACCAAUUGAACCAUAUGAUGAAGAUUAUUUAAAAAAUCAUAAUCCACCAAUAAAACAUAUGUCAUUUCAAGCAUAUAUUAGAAAACUACAAAAUACAACAACUGGUGAUAGAACUACAUUUUCAAGUUUGGAAAAUAUUAAUUGUUCUAUUAAAGACACCUGUUCUGCAGGUCAUGCUCCAUGGCCAAAAGGAGUUUGUACUAAAUGUCAACCGAAUCCAGUGACUCUAAUGCGUCAGACAUUUCGUCAUGUAGAUAACAUAAUGUUUGAAAAUGGAAAUAUAGUAAAUCGAUUUUUAAAUUAUUGGCGUUCAUCAGAUCAUCAACGUAUUGGUUUUCUUUAUGGUCGAUAUGAAGUUUAUGAUGGUGUUCCACUUGGUGUUCGAGCUGUUGUUACUGCUAUAUACGAACCACCACAGGAUACUUCAAAAGAUGAUGUUCAAUUAAUUUUUCCUGAUCCUCAUGAAACAAUUGUCGAUGAAUUAGCACAUCGUUUAGGUAUACGUCGUAUUGGAUGGAUAUUUACCGAUCUGAUAUCGAAUAAUACAAGAGCUGGUACUGGUUCUGUACUUCAUCAUCGAGGAAAUAUGAAUAUAGUUUUUUUAACUGCCCAAGAAUGUAUUAUGAGUGGUUGGUUUCAAAAUAAACAUUUGAAUGCAUAUAAAUAUUCUCCGGAUGGUUAUUUUGGUUCGAAAUUUGUUACUGUUGUUGUUACUGGUGAUGAAUCCGGACAAAUAAAUUUCGAAGGAUAUCAAGUCUCAAAUCAAUGCAUGGCUUUAGUUAAAUCAGAAGUUUUAUUACCUACAUAUGAUGCGCCCGAACUUGGUUAUAUUAAAGAAACAAGUCCGGAGCAAUAUGUUCCAGAUGUUUAUUAUAAAGGCAAAGAUUCUUAUAAUAAUGAAAUUAUGAAAACAGCUCGACCAUUUCCAUUAGAAUAUUUAAUAAUUGAUAUUCCAACAGGUUUUCCAAAUGCUAAUUCUCAAAUACAAUCAACAUUUAAUGAUAAUUGUUCAGUUAUAAAAACACCAUUUUGUAUUGAAAAUCGAGCAAAACUAGGUGAACUACAGGAUAUGGAUACAUUUACAUUAUAUUUACAACAAUUCUUAGAGCCUGAUGUAACAAAAUCAAAUUUAUAUAAAAUUACAGAUAUUCUAGCAGAUAUUCAUUUAUUGAUAUAUCUUGUCGUAAAUGAUAUCUUUCAAUUUUCAAUGGAUCAACUGAAUCCAUUAUUGGAUUCAUUACGUACUAAGGAUCUGAAUGGGGUUGAAAAAUGGAUGACCAAUGAUCAUUGGCAAACAUUUCUUCAACUUCUUCAAAUAGAAUUUCGUAAUCCACAAAUAUCAAUAAAUCCUUUAUCUCCGAUCAAUAUUCAAGAACAAUUAUCUGAAUGGUCUUGUCCGCAAUGUACUUAUCUCAAUAUUAUUACACAUCAACAAUGUGAUAUGUGUUCAUUUGAAAAAAAAUAA